UUCACUGAUGUCGACACUGGACUCGCUUAAUCAAAUUAGGAGAGCACAAGAACAACAACACAGUUUCCUCUUCAAAAUUAUGCGUUCACCAAUGAUGUUAGGCGGUCAAUUGUUUGGAAGAUCAUCUCUUCAAUCCGUUGGUCUCCAGAGACAGAGGGAAGGAGCUGCUGCAAAUUCCCAACCAAUUGAACCAAGAGAAGAAGUCGUACCUGUUGAACGAGAUUUUCGAGUGCUUCAUCCUUCGAGAAGGAAUGGUGCUAAAUGGUUCAAGAACAACACUGAAAUAUCAACCCGUGUUAGGAAAAUUAUUGAAGGGUGUUUUAAAGGACCAUGGUACAGCUGGAGAAAAGUACCACAGUUUUACAAAGAUGCUUGGUAUUCAACAUUUAAGACUAAGUAUGAGUGGCAUGUAUCUAUUGAGGCUCUAGUGAAAGCUAACUUUGAUAAGCUAGCUGCCACUCGCCUCAAAGGAAUGGUGAGCCUUGCAAAAUCCAAUGGAGAAAAACCUGAUUGGAUUCUUUCAGAAUACUGGCGAGAAAUGUCAGACUACUGGAAGACACCAAAAGCCAAAGAAAAAAGUGAGAAAGCUCGUGCAGCUCGAUUGUUUGAUCGUGAUGGUUUAGGUCCACACAGCCAUAGAUCAGGCUCACGUUCCUAUGCCAAAGUUCAAGAUAAUCUGAUAGCAAAUAAUGAAGACUCUUCCUUCAUUGCUGUGUUGAAGAAAACACACCAGAAAUCAGAUGGCUCAUAUGGUGAUGAAAAGGCACGCUUAAUUGCGGAGAAAUAUGAUGAAUAUGUGCAGGAACGAUUGUCACAGGUUGAGCCUUCUAAUGGAGAGGUUCUGAUGGAUUCUCUUACUGUGGAGGAAAGAAAUGAAAUCUAUGUAAAGGUUGCUGGAAUUACAAAACAAGGUCGUGUGUUUGGACUUGGGUCACUUCAAAGUGGAGUUUGUAUGCCACUAGAUGGUUCUUCAGGUUCACCACAAGCUGUUGAAGAUGAUGGUACUUUAACUCACCGAGUCAAAGAGCUUGAGUCAGAGUUGCAAAAGAGUAAUGAAGAGAAAGUUCAGUUUCAGAAUAGGAUUGAAGCAAUGGAGAAGAUAUUGAAGACUGCUUUUGGUGAAAAUGUGUUGACUCCAACAGAUGCAAGCCCACUCGCAUGAAGUUGUUUCACUGUUGCCUCUCCAAGAGCAUCUGUCGUGUUUUCUUUCAGUUUGGUGUUUCUAGCUUGGUUUUCUAGUUUGGUUUUCAUUUGGUUUUAGUUUGUUUACAUUUGAAAUUUCAGUUUAUUUAGUAAACCAGUUGUUGUUUUAUGCUUAUUUAAUAUUUAAAUAAAAACAAUUCAGUUU